UUUUAAGUGGGUUUUUUAGGUGCAUGUUGCUUGUACAGUAAAAGGUUGACACUUCUGUACGAGCACCGACUCAAUUUGAGAAUCUCUCCCAUGGUUGAAACGAGAGGCCAAAACCAGAGCUAUAAGUGCGGGAACUUUCAAAUUGAGAACAUCCAAGGUUAAGAAACAGGUAAAACUGCUUUAUUUCUCUAUCCCCUCGGGGCGGAAAUUUUUUUUGGUGUCAAUUAGAGCGCGAGCGGCCUCUCCUAUUUAUUUUGGUUUUUUCCUCCCGUCUCCCCCAUUUACACUCUCCUAUUCAUUUGGUUUUCCUCUCUUUCCUCUCCAACUUCAUCGCCCCCAAAACGAUAAACCCAAGCCAAACUCUGUUAGUUUUACUUCCCUUCUUCAUCUAUAAGCAUUGAUUUGAGAGUUUUGGAGCACAACAGGGCCAUUGCUGUUGUGUUUGUUAAUUGUUUGAAGUAAUGUUUUUUUUGAGAGAGAGAGAGAGAGAGAGAGAGAGAGAGAGAGAGUAGUCAAUAAGGAACUGUCCGUCGAGUUUAGGGGCUGGAAGAAGAGGACAAUGAGUGAGGACAAAGUCAGGACUGUCCGUGAAUUUCUCAGGGAGAAGAAGAGGGAAAAGAGAACAAUGAUGGAUAAUUUCAGGGAUUCCGAUAAAUAUCUCAGUAAAGUGGGAUUGGGGAAGAAGGAUCGCCUGUUCUGGAAGCAAGUAGGCAAGGCUUUGUUAUGCACCUAUGCAGUGUUUGGAGCUGCCUGGUUAUGGAAUGAAACCUCCCCUCUUGGUUGGUGGACUCUCAAACCCCGGCCAAAGGAAGAGUGGGAGAUGGCUCAUCUCUAUGAGCGUAUAAAGUACCCAUACCCAGGAGAUGAAGAAGCAAUGAAAGAGUUCAUCGCAAGUGGUGGGGCAAUUGGCACCGCAAUUGGACCCAAGGGAAUCAUGGAUGAUGGAAAUGAUUCUGAAAAUUUUCCGAAGAAACCCCAGUCUAAGAAGUUUGAGCAGGAAUCUCAAAAGCUUUGGUUUAGGAUGCGCAAUGAGGUUAUAUCUGAGCUUCGUGAAAAAGGUUUUGAUGUCGAGUAACUGGAAGGACAAAUCCGUUAGUCUUUGAGCAUGAAUCUCAGAAGGUUUGGUUAGGAUGCACAAUGAGGUUAUAUCUGAGCUUCAUGAAAAAGGUUUUGAUGUCGAGUAAAUGGAAGGACAAAUCCGUAAGUCUUUAUAGCAGUGACUUAAGGUGGUUUACUUAAUGUAGAAAUAUGAACUCUGUUGAAUUCUUACUGUGUUUUUUUGUGAUAUAUGAUAAUGCAGUAUCUUUCAAAUUGAAA